AGGUUACGAGACCCAAGAGAAGUCCAAUGGGCUGCACAGAAUGACACAUCGGGUUGGUGGCGGCGCACUACACAUAACGGUACCGAAUAGCAGGACAUCAUUAUUAUAAGGGAAUGGGCUGAGCCACUCAUUGUGGGAGGGUGCGUGCGCCACUUACAAGAAGUCCGAGCCGUCCCCCCCUUCAGAUGUGCCACUUGUACCCAUCCGCCCGGCCUGCGCUCAGCUCUCACAUAUCAGCAAACACCCAGCACAGGUCCGACUCUCACAGCCUAAGCUACACUUUCACCGGUAAAGCAAAAGAAUCUAGUUCGAUGUUCGAGCCACUGGAGCCUCUCCUCACAGACACGUGUGGCGCUGGGUGUGUUUGUAGGCGCCGGUACCACUCGCACUGGAGAUUCUAGUGCCCUUCCUCCUGUCACUGUCCCGGCGGCUGCUGAAUGGAAAUAGUGGGAGUCGGGUCCUACUCAGGUUUGUUGUCAAAGCGCCGCGGGAAGGGCCUCCUUAACACCUGCUUCUUUUAAAAGCACGUGGGGGUGUGGUCACUCUGGACACGCCCCCUAGAAAAUCUCAAACUUGGUAUGUACAGUUACCUGAGGCCAAACCUGGGAGCCCUGUCCACGCCCUGUCUGAUCCUAUUGGUGAGUGGGCGUGUUCUCCCUGCGGGCGGUGAUGUCAGAGCGACUCCUGCAGUGUAAAUGAAUCAAACUGUGCUGCACUCCAACUGGGAAGCGCUGCAGCAUCUCCGCCACCAGGAUCCCCCUCUGCCCACACAGGGACACCAGCCCAUUGCUCCUCCGGGGCACCCAUCUGUCUCUGCUCCAUUCAUGUCUGGCCUGGGACCCCGUACCCCCGUGUGCCGAUGACCAGCGCCCCCUUUCCGCCUCUCUUUAUUAUUUUAUACGACCAGACGUUUUAAUGCAGCGGCGCCUCGGUAAAAUGAUGCAAAGCUCAGUACUCGCCACAGACGCUCCUGUCAAGGGGCUCCCAGAAAUGCUCGGGCUGCCAGUGCAACAGAUCCCACACUGCUCUGGAUGUAAUGAGCACAUUCUGGACAAAUUUAUCCUGAAGGUCCUAGAUCGUCACUGGCACAGCACCUGCCUAAAAUGCUGUGAGUGUCAGGUACCACUGGCUGAGCGCUGUUUCUGCCGUGCUGGAAAUGUUUACUGCAAAGAAGACUUCUUUAAGCGUUUUGGCACCAAGUGCACGGCUUGCCAACAGGGUAUCCCCCCAACUCAGGUGGUUCGCAAAGCGCAAGACUUUGUAUAUCAUCUGCACUGCUUCUCCUGUAUCAUCUGCAGCAGGCAACUGGCAACAGGAGACGAGUUCUACCUCAUGGAGGAUGGCCGGCUUGUAUGUAAAGAGGACUAUGAGACUGCCAAACAGAAUGACGACUCCGAAGGAGGGGCCAAAAGACCUCGUACAACAAUAACAGCCAAGCAGCUGGAGACAUUAAAAAAUGCCUACAAGAAUUCUCCAAAACCGGCGAGGCAUGUGAGAGAACAACUUUCUUCAGAGACUGGACUAGACAUGCGCGUAGUACAGGUUUGGUUUCAGAACCGACGAGCUAAGGAGAAACGUCUCAAGAAGGAUGCAGGCCGGCAGCGUUGGGGUCAGUUCUAUAAGAGUGUGAGAAAAUCAAGGCUGGGAAAGUCAGAAAAAGAAAGUUCUACAGAGGACUGUGCCGUGAGUGACAGUGAACUAAGCUACAGAGAUGAGCAGAUAUUGUCUGAACUUGGAUCAAAUGGUGGUAUUUACAGUUCUGGUGGAGAUCUUGUGCCUUUGGUGAAUGGAGGCUUCACGAUGGAUGGAACAGGACAGUCUUACCAGGACCUUCAUGACGGUAGCCCUUAUGAGAUGCCGCAGUCUCCCUCUUCGAUCUCCUCUCUCCCAUCCCACGGGCUGGCAUACAACAUGGACAAUGCUGCAGGAUUUUUGAACCACCCUCCUCUCCGUGUACUACCAGCAGCCCCAACCUCUGAUAUCUCUACAGAGAGCAGCAUGGGUUACCCCGACUUCCCCACCAGUCCAGGCUCCUGGCUGGAUGAGAUGGACCAUCCCCCAUUUUAAAGCAAAUGGGGGUUCCACCUUCUAGACGAUCACUGAGUUUGCCAAACUCUGCAGACACCACUCUCAGCCUUUUAAAAUCUCUUAAAUUAAUCUUAUGCUCCCCUGAACAGCACAGACCCACAAAACAGCCAGAAAAUACAUCUAACCCAUCGUAAUAGAACUGGAAGUGAUGAGGCAGAGGAGCCCACAAUGAAUAGAAACACAAGGUACUGAUAACUGUUUGCACUUUUGUUGGCAAUGGAUCUCCCCGCUUAAUCCUGGGAGUUGAACGAAUAUGAUCACACUCCACUCUUGAGAUAUUAUGUUAAAUGCCCUUAAUAUUGUGUCUUGCAGUGUGAGCACAUAAUAUGGACACUCCCUGCAAUACCAUCUGCCUCAAUGGGUGCUUCUUGUGGUGUAAGCAGGAGCCUUGUUCAUGCAAAUGACAAUCUAUUCUCAACACAAAUUAGCAUUUGUUCUCACACAGGCUAGAAUUGUAUCUUUCUGGAUAAACUGAAUAGUGAUUGGAAAAUCUUUGGAAAUUCUUCCAAACCUGAAGAGCAUCUGCAUACUAUUUACAAGCUUCUACUGAGCCCUGCCAUGUCGGUUCACACUAGGAAUUCUAGGUCUUUCACUAGUCAUGGAUCCUUAGUGGAAAGAUCUAGGGGAUAAAGUUGGCCUUGGUAGGAAGUUUCUUAAUACAGGGUGUAGCACAUUUUGUUAAGAUUGAGUAUGUAUAGAAAGCAUCUCAUAACGCCUCUCUGUGCUAGAGGCAUUUCCAGUGCAUUCCUCUGCUCCAACAAAAUACAGUUGUAAAAUGAAUCUUGGAAGAUCUGUACACUUUUUAACUGAGGAAAAUAUUUUUUUCCACUAUAUUUUUGCAUAGCACGAUUCAUGUAUCUUUGGUGUUGUUAUUACUGCACAGAAUUACUCCCUGUUACAGCUUUUGUCACUUGACAAUGCACAGUCUCCGUUCUUUCUGACAUGAAAUGCAUUCUUUCUGUCAGUUCUCAACAACUCAUGUCAGCAGACAAUCUACAAUUGUAAUCCAUCCUAUUAGAUGGAUUGUAAUUGUAGAUGGCAUAUCCAUCCCUAAAAUGUCAGAAUAUAUAGUCUCCAUUUAUUUGUCCUCUCCAUAAUUUGUUGUCAUGGGAAAGUCUUGAUCAAGCCUUAGGCAGCAUUAUUGUAUAUGUACACAUUCUGUUCUACUGCAGUCUCAUUGUAACCGUCCCUUUCCUGACACAGCACAAUCUCUCCUAUCUGCACAAACACACAUUACCUUCAAGUAAUGCCGGUUAUCAUGUGCACAGUGCUGCUUCCUGCUCUACACCACCUCUUUCAUUGAAAUGGAGCAAACUGAAAAAAGUUGGGCACUAAAUAUACUAAAGGGGAAUAUUUCUUAUUUAUAGAAGUGUUUAUCUACUAUUUUGUUUGAAAUAGGCCUAUGCCCUGAUUAGUGUCUCAUUGGGGAGGCUAUAAAUAAGCUUCAUUGUUUCCCAUAGGGCAAAAUAGAAAACUCUCAAACUACAAGUAGCUGUUUUAAUCUCCCUUUUUGACACAGGGUUUGAAUAAUUAACUUUUCUUCUUUAAUUAAAUGAUCUGUGUUUCUACAUAUGAUUGAGAAUUUACAUUACGAUUGUCUAUCACAACAAAUUCCCGAUUGAUUAUAUAUAGAUUGUAACAUUGCUAUACCUGGGUCUAGAGAAUGCUGUGGCUGAGCUAUCAGAUAUGACACUUGCCACUUAUGCAGGCAAAUAAAUGUUCUAUGCACAUGAUAAAAGCAUUGCCUACUGAAGGGAGAAUAAAAAAAUAUAUAUAUAUUUUUCCUUUAAAUUCUGUUAGAGAAACAUCUUGCAAUAUUACAGCCUUUCCCCCUGCACCAGCUUUCAGUAAUGAUUAAAUAUAUAUAUAUAUAUACUGUAACUCUGCGUCAGUGGAGCAUCAAGCCCUCUCUUGCCACACAUGCACUAAGGCACAUUCAGUCGCUAUUUGCCUUCACGCCAAGACCAUAAUGAGUUUGCACAAAACGCCAGUCCUCAUGAUGUAUAUACUGUACAGUCCUUGAAGUGAAAGUCUUGUGAUAUCAUGUAUUUAUUGCCAUAAAUGAAAGCCCAGUGUGUUUCACUAGCAUCACACAUCUUAUUUAUGUAAAUAAAUCUGAGCCUUCUUACA